AUGGGCGUUCCUGACAAUGGACCGCUUAUCAUGGGAAUCACAUGGUGGUUGACAUUCUUGUGUGGAGGUUUCUUGGGGUUACGAGUAUAUGCGAAACUGAGUCGACGGCAAGGCCUCUGGUGGGAUGACCACAUCCUCAUUGCUUCAUGGAUUCUUCUGCUCAUCGAAGCCAUAAUAACACAGAUGGGCCAACUACUUGGAUUCGGAAAGCGAACUGUCGAUAUUGACCCCAACAACGUUCUCACCAUCGCCCUAUACACAUCUAUCGGCGCCUCGGUCUCUUGCUUUGCGUCGACAUUCUCCAAGAUCUCCUUCGGUUUAACACUACUACGACUCACUACUGGUCCCAUUAAAUGGUCCGUAUGGUUCUGCGUUGUCACACUCUUCCUGUUCAUGCUCCCGUCUGCCUUCAUCACCUGGAUACAGUGCACGCCCACAGCAAAAGCAUGGAACUCGACAAUCGAAGGGCAUUGCUGGGAUGCCGUCAUCACUGUCAACUACGGCAUCUUCAACGCGGCGUGGUGCGCAGCAGCCGACUUCUACCUCGCUCUCCUCCCAUGGACGUUGAUAUGGGGCCUCCAAAUGCGAACGCGCGAGAAGAUCGGUGUCGGUAUUGCCAUGAGCAUGGGUAUCCUAGCCGGUGUCUGCGCCAUCGUGAAGGGUGUCUACAUAAUCCAACUCCGCCAGGCCGACUUCUCCUACAACGGCAGAGAUGUCACAAUCUGGACCGCCGUCGAAACAGCCGUCGCCAUCAUCGGUGCCUCCAUCCCCGUCCUGCGCGUUUUCUUCAGAGAGAAAGUCUCUUCGUACAGCACCUCCCGUGGCCGCUCCAUGGCACCCAGCACGCUCAGGCAUAUCCCAACCACGACAGCUACAGCAAGGUGUAGUAUCGCUCUGAAUGCAAUGGGGCCGAACAAGGAUAAGGAGGGGGUCUGGACGAGAAUUGGAACGAUCGAUGAGAGGAGUGGGGAUGCGAGGAGGAUCUGGCAAACUACAACGGUCACGGUGGAGGAUGGGGAGAGGGAGGACAACGGGGAUCGGAGAGGGAAGAGUUGGCUCAACUAG